AUGAACAGGAAGAAUAAAUCGGUGAUCUGGAACUAUUUUAAAGCCGAAAACAAAGAAAAACGAAAGUGUAAUUUAUGCAGUCAAAUAAUAAGUUAUAAAUCAAGAUCCAUUAAUUUUAAAAAACAUUUGCAAAGGAAACAUCCUCCGUUUGUUAACAUAGAACACGAUUCCUCAUCUUUACAAAGUGAAAUGACAAAUGCAAAUAAGAGACAAUUACCAGAAACAGAAAAUAACGACGGUGAUAAUACCACAGAAGGUUCUUCUUCUAGUAGCAUACACAAACAGACACAAUUAGAUUAUGCUCCAAGGACUGUCGGACGUGCUGUCCCAACUAAAAUCGACAGAUGCUUGAUUAAGUUAAUAACUACAGACUUUCAUCGUUCCAGUAUUGUAGAGGACAAAUAUUUUCGAAUUUCCGUAAGUGUUUUAAAUCCUGCAUAUCAAAUACCUAAUAAUGCAGCUAAUAUUACCAAAGCUGUCAAAGAUAUCGUGCAUUGGAAACAUUUAGGAUGUUUAGCCCAUACCAUUAACCUAAUUGCCAAUGAUUGUAUUACUAUUAUCGAGCCUGUCAUAGCAAAAAUUAGAAACUUAGUGACGUACUUUAAACGAAGUACGUCAGCUAUAGUAAAAUUAUUAUAUGUACAGAAACAAUCAGGCAAAAUACCAAAAAAGUUGCUCCAAGAUGUUUCAACGAGAUGGAACUCUACGUAUUGUAUGCUAGAAAGGAUUCUUGAUUUAGGAGAAGUCGUUUUACAAAUAUUUAAUACGUACCUCAAAUGUUUAAAGAAGUGCACCAACCACUAUGAUAUAUGA